GCCUGGGUCCAAACCUGGGCCUUCUGUGGUGAGUGGCAAUGUUUCUUCUUACUGAGCCACCUUGAAUGCUGGACAGCAACCUUGACAAGUAUUUGGAUGAUCCUACCUUGAACUUGUUUAUCCUGAACCUUGAACCCUUGCUCCUCCCAUUAAAUUCCUGAUAUAAGCCAUGUCUCUGCACUUCCUGUUUGCCAGAUUAUCGUGCUCCUUAUCGUCUCUUCUGUUAUCCGUAUUUUGCUAUCACUCAUUAUUGACCCUUGGCUUGUUCUCGACUACGCUUCUGCCUGAUCCCAACCUGCGACUGCUCCUUACCGACCUUGGCUUGUUUACUGACCACACUUCCGUUUGAUCCUUAUACGCUACUGGACCUCCGCUUGCUCACCUCCUGGUGGGGUGAUUCUGAGGACCGCGACCUGCAACUGGUCUUU